UCUCUUCUACUUUCACUACAAAAUCUCUUUCUCUCUCUCUCUUUCUUUCUCACAUGGAAUCUUACCGGAAAAUCCAUUUAUUCGCUUUUGUACAAAUCGUAACCGGCUUAUAGAUAACAAACAGUCCGUUUGAUUCUUAUCAUUCUUUGUUUUGAAAUGGCACUGUUAAUUGGCUGUAGGUGUGGAUUCUCUUUGCUUUUUGUUUUCGUUUUUUUACUGAGUGAUGGGCGGGUUAGCUCCGAGCCGACUCAAGACAAGCAAGCUCUCCUUGCAUUUCUCUCAAAAGUUCCACAUGCCAAUCGUGUGGAAUGGAAUGAGUCCACCUCGGCCUGCACCUGGGUCGGAGUUGAGUGUGAUGCCAACCGGUCGUACGUCUACACUUUACGGCUCCCCGGUGUUGGACUAGUGGGUCCGAUUCCGGCCAACACGAUAGGAAGAUUGAGUAAGCUCCGAGUUCUGAGUCUCCGCUCAAAUCGUCUCUCCGGUGAGAUCCCCUCCGAUUUCUCGAAUUUAACGCUCCUUCGGAAUCUGUACUUGCAAGACAAUGAGUUCUCUGGUGGAUUUCCAGUGAGCGUGACUGCGCUGAAUCGGUUGAGUCGACUCGAUCUCUCGUCCAACAAUUUUACUGGAGCAAUCCCUUUCGCUGUCAACAAUUUAACCCAUCUAACUGGUCUUUUUCUGGAGAAUAAUAAAUUCUCAGGCAAUCUUCCAAGCAUCAACCCUGCAAAUCUGUUAGCCUUCAAUGUGUCAAACAACAAUCUCAAUGGCUCCAUCCCUGCUAUUCUAACAAAGUUCCCUUCAUCAGCAUUCACCGGAAAUUUAGAUCUAUGUGGACGACCAUUGCAACCUUGUAAUAACUCAUUUUUUCCGUCUCCAUCUCUGUCGCCAUCUGAAAACCCACCUUCAAUUCCGAGACACAAGAAAUCUAAGAAGCUCUCAACGGCCGCCAUUGCUGGAAUUGUCAUUGGUAGCGCAGUAUUCCUUCUUCUUUUACUGCUCUUACUGGUAUUUUGUAUUAAAAAACGGCGCCGUGAACAGCCUAGGAAGACUCCAAAACCCAGUGCAGCUGCGGCGACACGUGCGGCGGCGUUGGAGGCAGGAACUUCUUCAUCGAAAGACGAUAUCACGGGUGGUUCAGCAGAGGCUGAGAGGAAUAAACUUGUGUUCUUCGAAGGAGGGAUUUACAACUUCGAUUUGGAGGAUUUAUUGAGGGCUUCAGCCGAGGUUCUGGGUAAAGGAAGCGUGGGGACGAGCUACAAGGCGGUGCUUGAAGAGGGAACAACAGUGGUAGUUAAAAGGCUGAAAGAAGUGGCUGUAAGUAAAAAGGAGUUCGAGAUGCAAAUGGAGCUUUUAGGGAAGAUUAAGCAUGACAAUGUGGCUCCUCUGAGGGCCUUUUACUACUCCAAAGAUGAAAAAUUGCUUGUAUCGGAUUUUUUGCCCGUCGGUAGCUUAGCUGCUCUUCUUCACGGUAGCAGAGGUUCAGGCCGUACGCCAUUAGACUGGGACAACCGGAUGAGAGUAGCACUAAGUGCGGCAAGAGGCCUGGCAUACCUCCACGUGUCAGGAAAAGUAAUACACGGGAACAUAAAAUCCUCCAACAUUCUGCUCCGAGCCGGCCAUGAUGCUGGCAUUUCGGAUUUCGGACUCAACCCGCUUUUCGGGAACGCAACUCCACCCAAUCGCAUGGCCGGUUAUCGAGCCCCAGAAGUAGUUGAGGCCCGCAAAGUUACUUUCAAAUCUGACGUGUACAGUUUCGGUGUAUUGUUAUUAGAGCUAUUAACCGGGAAAUCGCCUAAUCAAGCAUCGUUGGGUGAUGAAGGCAUUGAUUUGCCUCGGUGGGUCCAAUCCGUCGUCCGGGAAGAAUGGACGGCGGAAGUUUUUGAUGUGGAGUUGAUGAGGUAUCACAAUAUUGAAGAGGAAAUGGUUCAGUUGUUGCAAAUUGCAAUGGCUUGUGUUUCGACGGUACCUGAUCAAAGACCGGCAAUGCAAGAGGUGGUACGCAUGAUUGAGGAUAUAAACAGAGGCGAGACUGAUGAUGGGUUACGACAGUCGUCUGAUGAUCCUUCAAAAGGAUCGGACGGUCAUACACCUCCCCCUGAAUCACGGACCCCACCUAGAGCUGUAACACCCUAAUUUUAGCCACUGUUGGGGGAUUAAAGCGACGACAAAAAGUUGUUGCAAAUGUGUUUUCUGGUUUUAGCUUUUUCCUUUUCAUCUUUCAAUGAUUUUUACAGGUGGGGAGGUUUGGAUUGUUUAUGAAGGGUGCAUUGGAGAGUUCCAUGAACUGAUUGGAAUUGGCCAUCGAUGGAUUUAGUUUGAUUUUUAUUUAUGAUUCUUUCUCAAAUCCUCUCUGUCAGUAAAUACAUGGCUUUUUCUUCUUUUCAUGUACGUUUUCCUUUGGUUCAGGCCUUUUAUUAUUAUUUUUAAAUGCAGUGUACGAAUUGGGCGUUGAAAAAAUCAUCUGAAAAUUCCAACUA